AAAACUACACAUCACUACUUCCUUGUUGGGAUGAUGCCGGCCGGUGUGGGUGCUCUCCUGGCUUCCGCGUAGGACUUAAUUUUACUUCGAAUUUCCAACAUAUCUCGUUUAUUUGAGGUACCGCAGUGAAAAUAAUGGGAUGCUACGUUGUGAUCAUUUUAUUUGCCUUUUUCGUUGAGGGUGUGUUUGAUGAUGAAGCUGAAGUGAAGUCAGUGAAGGAGGGAAAUCUUGUUGCUCUAAACACUGGUGUUAUCAAACAACAACAUGACAUUGUGCGGUGGUACUUUAAUGACACUCUCAUCGCUCUGAUCAAUGGACAUCGCGAUACGAGCUGUUUAUAUGAUGGUCCUGACGGGAGAUUCAGAGACCGACUGAAGGUGGACUAUGAGUCUGGAUCUCUGAUCAUCACAAACACCACAACUGAACACACUGGACGUUAUGAAGCAGACAUCAUCAGAAUAAGCCAUCCAGGAAAAAGUGAAAGCUUGACUGAAAAGAAAAGCAGAAAGUGUGACAGCACAAAAAUCAUCAAAAAAAGCAGCAACCAUGGUGGUGAAAUCUUAAAAUUAAUCAAUCUGACUGUCAAUGGUUCAGGUCUGUCUCCAGGUGGCGUAGCAGGAAUUGUUGUUGGUGUUCUGCUGCUUCUGGCUGCAGUUGUUGGUGGUGUGAUGAUCUUUCGCCGCAGGAGCUCCAGCGAUGACAUGAAGAAAAUCAAACACUUUCUAGAAAAAAUGUCUAAGGAUAAGACACCGAAUGAAAAAGGUCUAAUAAUCUGAGAGGACUGCAACAUCUUGGGCAAAAAAAAAAGCGUCUCUAAAAAUAAGCAAUAGUUUUGAGCUGAAACAUUGAAAUGCUUUGCAGGUCUCUCAUUAAUGUUUAAGCGCUCAGUGAUAUCUGUUAUUGAAAUAUUGAAAUGGCUGUUACUGGAAACAUAGCUAAUAUUAACUGUGUGAUGCUCAGUCAUAUUGUCUUUCUUAUUGUUCAUUUCAACCAAUUUCAUUUUCAUGUAAUUAUUUGUCAAAGGAAAGUCCCUGCAAGUUUAUGUAAUCUUUUAUCCAAAACAACAAAAGAACAUCUGCAGUUUGUUAUAGUUCAUGUAAUAAGUACUUUUUAGUUCAUGGUUGUGUAUUAUUUUUAAACAGUAAGUGAAAGUUGUGUAAAAUAUCUUUGUACCUUAUGUGCUUCAUGAAUAAUUUUUUUCUUUCUAAGUGGUUUGUAUUUAAAUCACAAAUAAAUGUAUUGUCUAAAUGUAUACAACAGAUGCUUUGUGAUUAUUAAAAAGAUGAAAAUAGCUAAAAAGCCCAUUUAUCAGAAACAAAGAAUCAGUUGAGCUCGCUGAUGAAGAUGAAUGAAUGUUUGCAGCACCAAAACAAGGACAAAAAGUCACCGUUCAUAGCUUUUACUUUGACAGAAGUUGACAAAGAAAAGAGCUGUAAUAACUUUGAAAGCAGCUGCUGUUGUGGAUUCUGUUGAAUCUUUAUUUUCUAGAUAAGUAAAAAGGACUUUUGAUUCUGUAUGUAAACUUGUACAUGUGAAGUUAAGUUUAUUUGAUUUUUCCUCUUCAGCUUAAAAUUGUGUUGUGAUUCAUAUCUGAGAUAUUGCUAUUUAAGUAAAAUCCUUAUAGAAAAAAAUAAAUAGGAAAAAUACUUCGAGAACUAAGGCUACUGAAACUGUUGCUAUUGCACUUAUAUUGUCUCAUAAUACAUUUUACA